CAUAAUUCUUUCAAGAAGCAGAGAUAUUAAAUUCAAACAAAGUUGAGCUUACGUAAUAUAUAAAUAUUAUGGUAAUAUAAUGGUCAUUUUUUACAUAUUUCUGAAAAGAAUGGGGAUCUUUUUUUUUUUUUAAAUGAGUGAUGAUAAUAGUGCAGUUAUGAUGUUUAUAUCAAUUCAGACAUAAUUUUAAAGAAAAAAAUGACUUAAUAAGAAGAUAAAUGAAAAUAUGGUAAAUAACAAAAACUUUGAAAAAUAAUAUGAGGAUCAUUGGAUAAUUUUGAUAACUUAAGCGAUAAUUAUAGUGCAGUAAUUAAUAUAGAUUCAGAAACAAUUGUGAAAUAGAAAAAUAACCUCGGAACAAUAACAUUUUGCAAUUACAAACAACAAACACGAUAAAUAUAAGAUGGAAUUUCAAGGUAAUAUAUUAUUUCAAUACACCAGUAUAUGGAAUAUUGAGCAUUAUUUCAGUUGACAGAAUUUAGGUAGUGUCUAUAUGUAUUUAACUACAAAUCCUAAAAACAAAGUAAAACAAUACAAUUUACGCUAACUUUGAGCACAAAGCAAUGGAUGAGAGUACCCGGAGGUUGCUAAAGAAACUAAAGCCAGAAAUCAAGAAUAAUCUGGUACUGGAGAACAGCAUACUGGACUGCCUGGAGCAGGAGAUUCUCACCGAGGAAAUGUCACAGAAAAUAAGGGCAAAAUCCACAAAUGGUGAAAAAAUAGAAGAGCUCCUCUUCUUUUUACCAAGAAGAGGUCCAGCUGCCUUUGAUGCCUUCAUCAGGGCCAUCAGACCAACACAUGACUUCCUUGCUGAAAUGCUCACUGCUGACAUGCUUACUGAACAACAACAAGACAAAGAACUGUCCAGUGGUACUGACGAUUGUAGUUCUGACUCUAAGAAAUCAUCAUCUAGCUCACUUUCUUCACUCUUCCAUGAAACUGACACUUCCCAGACAUUAGCCAUUCAGCUGGAUGGAAACGACAAUGUCAGGACCAAUCAAGAUGAACAAAACAGUAACCAACCAAUGGAGUUUGCUUUAUCAUCUAUCAGCCAACCAGAAAGGCAUUAUUCUUCAUUCAGCCAAUUGCAUCCUACAGAAGAAUUCAAAAAUAAAAUUGUUCAGGAUUGGCUGAGCGGAAUCUACACAAAAUUGAAAUCCCACGUGACAAACAAUUAUCUCAGAGAGUUGUCCUUUAUGAGCCCUAAGCCUAUUUCUUUUGAAAUGGUAGAAGAUCUUAUUGAUGAUAUGAUUGAAGAGGAAGGCAAAUGUUACAGAGAACUUGGUGACAAGAUGAGAAAGUCUUCGAUCUUUACUCAGAUACUGUCACUCAAAGAGGCUAACAGGAAACUGAAUGUUGAUCUUAAUGACACUAAGGAGAACAAGAAUAAGCUUGCUGACCAAAACGUGAAGCUGAAAGAAAUGUGUAAAAAUAAUACACAAGAAAAUAAAAUGAUUGAAAUAGAAAAACAAAAAUUGUAUUCUGAUACAAUUGCAAUGAACGAUAAUUUAGCAGAAUUACAGAAGGAGAUCAAAACAUUGACACAAUCUAAACAAGAAGCUGAAAGCAAGCUUAAUGAAACACUUAAAGAAUUGGAAGAAGCAAAAAUUGAAAUAAGGGAUCUAAAAGAGGACAAAUUAAGUUGCGAACAUGAAAUUGGUCAGCAGGGGCAACAGUACAAAAAUACACAAAGACAGAGUAGGCCAUAUUGGAUAAACCAUUCUUGCAACAAAAGCUCAACAUCACCAGCUACAUCACCAAGGAGAUCCUCAUCAGUGCAGCAAGACAAUGCAUUGGCCAUGCACAGCAACAUGUCCAUCAGUGGAUUUACACAAAGCUCACCAAGGAAUAUUCAGAAGGGGAUGAAACCAAAAGCAUCAUCCACUUAUACAGAUGGGCAAAAUCCACAAUCGCCUUUCAACACUGCUCAGACAGGAUCAAAGUCAAAUGCCUCAGCUGCUUAUACAAUUAGGAAACAUCAAAAAACUUCUUCAAAGACUUCUCAAUAUGGUUUAAGAUCAAAUGAUACACCCACUCAAACAAACACCACACCCACUAUUCUAAAUGAAACACAACAGAUGAAUGGACAAAGUCGGUUUUUCACACGGCGAGCAGUGCAAAACGGUGAAAUGACUGAGGACGAUUAUAAGAAGGAAAAAUGCCUAGAUCAGACGGGUAAAGCAGUUGUUUCCAAUAACAACAGAGAACCUUAUAUGCCCAAGCAGAGCGAACCAAAACCAUUGGAAACUCCAGAAAAUGAUGAAAAUGAUAAGUUCAUUGAGAUGACUGAGAAACAGACAGUUAUGGAAGUAGUUUCCAAUAACAAAAGAAAACCGCUGACAAAGAAGCAGAGCAAACCAAAACCAUUUGCCGGUCUGCAAAUAUUUGGCAAUUCUAAAAAAUGAUUAGCACAUUGAGAUGACUGAGAAAUAGAAAUUUCUGGAAGUAGUUUCCAAUAACAAAAGAAAACCGAUGACAAAGCUCUGCAAAUAUUUGGCAAUUCUAAAAAAAGAUUAGCAUAUUGAGAUGACUGAGAAACAGACAUUUAUGGUAGUAGUUUCCAAUAACCACAGAAAACCUUUGACACUGAGGCGAAGCAAACCAAAACCAUUGGAAACAACGAAAAUAAAUUUGGCAAUUCUAGAAAAUACAAAGCAGAUUGAGAUGACUGAAAAAUAGACAGUUAUUGAAGUAAAUUCCAAUGACCACAGAAAACCUAUGACACUGAGGCAGAGCAAACCAAAACCAUUGGACUGCCUGAAAAUAUUUAGCCAUCGUAGAAAAUGAUAAGCAUUUUGAAAUGACUGAGAAAAAGACAGUUAUUGAAGUAAAUUCCAAUAACCACAGAAAACCUGUUGCACUGAAGCAGUCUCAAGCAAACAGAAACCAUAGGGCAAUUCUAGGAACUGAUAAGCAAUGAUAUAGGAUAUUCCAAAUAGGCAAAAUGGAGUGAUUAUGUAUGCAUAGUUUUUGUUCUUGUUGUUUCAUUUUUUUGUUUUCUUGGUAUAUAAUGUCAGAGGGCAGCGUUGCACACUUUAACAUGUUUUGUUAUUCAUUUUGUUGUAUCUGAUUUUUAAAAAUGAUUUGUUACUAAUUGUUAUGGGGGUAUUACAGUAGUUUGUUAUUUUUUAAAUAUUUGUUUUUUAUGACCUAUAUGAAGUGAAGGUUGCUGAAAGACUGCUUUGUUAUUUCGUUGUGUUUGUGUCGUUUUGGUUGUACUUAAGAGUGUUGUUAUUUAAAGCAUCAUUUUUUAUGCUACCAUGAUUUUUGUUUCUAUCAUUUUUUUUUCUUUUAAAUGAAAUAAUAUCUGUUGACAACAAUAAAUUGAUUCUAAUAAAACAUUUUCAAACUUG